CACGGGAAAAGGUCAGAUCAGAGCGUCUCGUGUCGUCCCUUGGCACGGGAUCCACCCCCCACCCACGGGCACACGCGCGCGGCGAGCUCUGCGCUUCCACUUGCCCCCCUCUCUCCACCGGUCUCUCACCCAACCCCCCCGCACUCCAACUCGAACGCCCUCCCCUCGAGGCUCGGCUGUGCUCCGGCAGCGUCGGAGUCGGAGGAGGAGCACGGGGAUGGCGAUCGGGCUCCCCUCACCUGCCUUCCUGACCUGAACCUUCCACCAGCGCAACGCAAGGGGCUCGCGGUAUGGGGUACCUGCCGGCGCUGGGCGGGAAGGCGGCGCACCUGGUGUCCGACCUCGCCACCGUCAUCCUCAACCCCGUCUCCGAGCGGGAGCGCCAGCGGCACCACCCCGCCCACCUCCCGGAAGCUGCUGAAGGAAAAGACACACCAUUUGGUGAUGAUGAUUCUGACAAAAAUUCCGAGACUCCUGAUGGUCCUGACACAUCUUCCUUCAGAGCAUUUCUGAUGUCAUUUGUGUCUUCCACAACCUCCAGCAAGGAUUCAAUGGAGACCAUACCUCAGCAUAAUCUAGAUGUGGAAUAUCCAACUUUAACACCUGUUGGAAAGGCAAGCAGUGGGAGGAAGGGCUUGCUCAGUAGAGGGAAGCAUUCCAUUGGAAGGAUUAUUAGCAAGGCAGGACUCAGUAAUUUCAGACAGAAACCCGCCUACAGCAUUGAUGGUGAAUUCACAGGUCAAACAGAAUCAGUUGCACCCAGGUUUGAGAUGAAGGGAUCAAAGGAAUUGGCUUUGCAUGAUAAGUUGCCAGCUAUGUCUGAACCAUCUGUUCUUUUGUCAGAAAUGAUGCGAUCUGUUCUUUAUUCAUCUCUUCCUGUUCUUGUUCAAGGAAGGAACUGGAUGUUGGUUUACAGUACCUGGAGACAUGGAAUAUCUUUGUCUACUUUGUAUAGAAGGAGCAGGCUUUGUGCUGGCUACUCACUUCUGAUAGUUGGGGAUCGAAGGGGAGCUGUUUUUGGUGGUUUGGUUGAGGCCCCACUGCAGCCUAUCAUAAAGAGGAAAUAUCAGGGGACUAAUGAAUGCUUUGUGUUCACCAAUAUAGAAGGCUGUCCUGUCAUAUGCCGUCCAACAGGUGCUAAUAACUAUUUUACAUUUUGCUCAACUGAUUAUUUGGCAAUGGGAGGUGGUGGUCACUUCGCACUUUAUCUCGAUGGAGACCUUCUGAAUGGUUCUAGUUCCACCUCAGAGACUUUUAACAACCCAUGCUUAUCCUAUACCCAGGAAUUCAAAAUCAAAGAUGUCGAGCUGUGGGGCUUCGUCAAUGCUUCAAAAUACGAAGAGAUGCUCACGAUCUGCCGCACUGAAAAGCAAGGAAUUUGGAAUCUGUGACCGUGCGGAGCUCGCUGAGUUGUUGAUGGUUGGUGCCAACCUAUCCUCUGGUGUGGCUUGUACAGUUUUGUAGUAUAUAAAACGUAUGUAGAACAUGAAGAGGAUAGUUUCAUAUAGAAUAGAAGUAUGAAGAGCUUUGCCGUUCAUGUUUGUAAAUAUUAACAGUAGAAGAUGCUAAUGUGUAGUACUAUAGUAAAAUAUUCUACUUUCAUCUCCAUUCUGAACCACAUAAGACUGUCGUAUAUAGCAAUUGAUCAGAAACUUCGUUUGAA